AUGGCCAGCGACGCUUCGGUCAAGUUGGCUGUGCUCAUAGAUGCGGACAAUGCCCAGCCAAACAUGGCAGGUGUACUGCUUGCAGAGAUUGCCAAGUACGGCACCGCCUUUGUCAAGCGGGCUUAUGGCGACUGGACAGGUAGCAAUCUGAAGGGCUGGAAGGAGCAACUUUUGGAAAAGUCGAUUCAGCCAAUUCAACAGUUUGCGUAUACGUACGGGAAGAACUCGACGGACGCGGCCAUGGUGAUUGACGCCAUGGAUUUGCUAUACUCCAAUAGGUUCGAUGGCUUCUGUCUUGUCUCGAGUGACAGCGAUUUUACUCGGUUGGCCUCGCGGAUCCGCGAGUCCGGACUUGUGGUAUAUGGCUUCGGAGAGCGCAAGGCCCCCAAGGCUCUUGUCAGUGCUUGUGACAAGUUUAUUUACAUCGAGAACCUGCCUCCACCAGUUGAAUUUUCAACGGAACCCGCUGCGCGGCCGUUCAAGGGACCGCCAGCAAUAAAGCCGGUCCCAUUCCUGGCACAGAGAUUGAUACAAGAAGCCAUAGAGACGACUUCGGAUGACGACGGAUGGGCCAAUCUUGCUGUUGUCGGGUCUAUCAUCACCAAGUGGCACCCGAACUUUGACGCCCGCAGCUAUGGAUUCCUGAAGAUUAGCCACAUGAUUCACGCAGACCCUUUGUGGGAAGUUGAGAAACGACUCCCUGGGGAAGGAAAGCCGCCAGUUGUCUAUGUUCGAAAUAAAAAGAGGCCGAGGGUGCGCACUCGAGACGAGAAUGUGCCGACAGGGCCGGCGUCGCCUUAG